AUGUCAGAACACGACGAGCAGCAGCAGCAGCACCACACCCAAGAUAUUGUGGACGAGGAGUAUAUCCGCACCGAAGACAUUCUUGAAGAAGAUACUGUCAACCUUGAUCAAGGAGAGCCUAUGGAUGAUGACGAUAGCGAUGAUGAUGAUAUGGCUGAAGGAAGCAAUCCAUUGGAAGGUUUUGACGUGAGACCCUCUGCCGAUGACGAGAACAUGAUGGAAUUGGCGGAUGAUUCUGUUCAAGGCUUUUUUGAUCAUCGAGAGCCUGUCUAUGCCAUUGCUAUGCACCCCAAGGAGCCUACCAUUAUGGUCAGUGGUGGUGGUGAUGACAAGAGCUACAUUUGGAGAAACGAUACUGGCGAGAUGUUGUACGAAUUAUCAGGCCACACCGAUUCCGUUACUGCUGUUGGCUUUAGCGUGGAUGGCGAGUAUGUUGCAUCAGCUGGCAUGGAUGGUAAAGUGCGUGUUUGGAAAUCGGCCACCGGUGAAUUCUGCACAGCUGUGGAAGGUCCAGAUGAGAUUGUGUGGAUUGAUUGGCAUCCCAAAGGCAACAUCUUGUUGGCAGGCGCAUCGGAUUCUACCAUUUGGAUGUGGGCCAUGCCCAGCGGCAAGUUUAUGAACAUCUUCAACGGCCAUGCUGCUCCUGUAACUUCUGGCAAAUUCACUCCUGAUGGCAAAAAGAUCGUUACGGUAUCUGAAGAUACCUCGUUUAUCGUUUGGGAUCCCAAGUCCGCUGCAUCCGAAGUGCGUCUUUCAGGUGAUGAUGCUCGUUUCCAUAGAGAGCCUGUGGUCACUGUGGCUGUCAACAAGGAUAGCACUUUGGCUAUUACUGGUGCCAUGGAUGGCAAUGCUCGUCUCGUCAACCUUACCAAUGGCCAGAUUGUCAGCGCUCUUGAGAAUCAUAGCGACUCUGUGGAGACGGCUGAUUUCUGUGAUGUGCUCGCAUUGGCAGCUACUGGAUCUACCGAUGGUACUAUUUCAAUUUGGGAUGUACAAACACAGCGAUUGCGUCAAACUUUGAAUCAUGAGGAUGCUGUGGUCAAGGUUAAAUUUGUUCAAAACUCGCCUUUCCUUGUGUCUUGCUCUGUGGAUCGCUCCAUUCGCUUGUGGGAUGCUCGGACGGGUCAAUGCAUCAAGAACUGGUCUGGUCAUCGUGAUGGUGUUUUGGAUUUUGCUGUAUCAAGUGAUGGCAAGACCGUUGUCACAGCUUCUGAUGAUGGCACUUGCCUUGUGUUCAAGGCUUAA